ACCAUCGCAUUGUCUGAGGCGGGUAACAUCUUUUACGAGGUCGCGAAAUCUGGGGCUGUCUUCACUGAGGCACCUAUGAAAGUCAAAUUGAUUGUUGCGUGUUCCGGAAUCCGGAUGCGACUACACUGCAUGCUCUUCGUGGGCUUCUCAAGACUUCUGAGCCGUACUGCCACGUGCUUCCGUGACAUCAGCGACCGUGCCUACGGUACUUGACUGGCAUAAAAGCCAUGGGCUGACUUGACAACCCCACGCUCCCUUUCGACCUCUCCUGUCCAUCUUCGUAGCCUCGAACGCUAUGCGUUUCCUACAUCUUGCACUAUCUCUUAAUUUCGCCGCAGGCAGCCUUGCCGCCGCGCUCCACGCUGAGCAGAAGAGGACGACAGUAUGCAACGGGUUUGCAGAAUUGUGUGAUCGGUCAUAUGGCAACAUUACUUUCUUUGGAUCUCAUGAUUCAUACACCGCCGACACGGAUCCCCUGGACCUGGCGUCAACUCAGCGUAUCAAUCUAACUGCUCAGUUGGACUUGGGAGUUCGCUUUCUCCAAGCUGAGGCGCAUAACAAUAGCGAUGGGGAGUUGCACUUCUGCCAUACCAGCUGCCUCCUCUUUGACGGCGGCACAGUCGAGGAUUACCUCUCAACGGUCAACACCUGGAUGCGCCAAAAUCCGACCGAAGUCGUCUCAUUCUUGUUCACGAACGAUGAUAAUCUGUCGCUUACCACUCAGUGGAAUCCGGCAUUCGAGGCGUCGGGAAUCUUGGAUUUAGUGUACGUGCCCCCGAACCCCCCGGUGGCGCGGAGCGACUGGCCGACCCUAGGCGAGCUCAUCGGGAACAAUACGCGCAUCCUCGUUUUCAUGGAUUCCUUCGCGAACACAACUAUAUUACCCUAUAUUCUGCGUGAGUUCGACAUGAUAUGGGAGCCGCCGUUUGACUCUACAAAUUCGUCUUUCCCCUGCUCGAUCAACCGCAUCACCGGCCCACUGUCGGCGGCAGACCACAUGUACCUGCUCAACCACAAUUUGGACAUAGACCUCUUCGACACCGGCAUCCUCAUCCCCGACCCCGAACAGGCCGAGACAACGAACAGCGCUGCCUCUAUUCUGGCCGACGCUGCCGGUUGCACGCCGCUGGGCGGUGGAGUCUCACCAAAUUUCAUCCUGCUGGACUUCGUGGACGUCGGCGAGGGCCUGCAAGUUGCGAAUCAGCUGAACGGCCUCUGCUGAACGAUCCAUUGUACUUUACGACUGUAAUGACUUUUACGUGUUCUCUUAAUGUCCCGGUUGCGCAUCACAAUGGGAGUGUGACGAAUUGACCACAAUCAUCGUCAGAGGAUGCUCACCG